GUCUAACUGUGUCACUAUUUUAGAGUAAACAAAGUGCAGUAUUUACGCGCAGCUGCACGGAGUGUAAUACAUGUCAACAAAUCUCUGUGAAUACCAGUAUCAGUAUUUCGUACGUGACUGCAUAGCAUAUUAUGCGUUUCUGUGGUUUUGUAUUUACAAAAAGCCAACGACAGGCCGUCGAGCAGACACCCUUAACUCAAAAUAUACAUGCCAGCAGGUUCGACUGCGUUUACUCUUCGGAGUAGCUGUUGUCUGAGACGACGGCAUGCCGGACACCCUGAACCUGCCACUCACUCCGGAGGAGGAGGCGCGCUUCAAGAGGCGCUACUCGGACCUCAUCAAGAAGCUGGUGCACACCACGCGCUUCAGCAAGGACGAGGUGGAGUCGCUGCUGGUGAUGCAUUUCAAGCUGGAGCGCGCCGGCGGUCCUCUGGGCUACGAGCGCGCUGCCGAGGUGCUCUACUCCCUCCUGGGUAUGACGGACGAGCUGCUGACGAUCCGCGUGUGUGACCUGCUAGACCGCGAGAAUGCGCGCAGGAUCACCAUGGAGUCCUGGGUGGUGGGCCUCUCCCUGCUGCUUCGAGGCUCCUUCGAGGAGCGCAUACAGCUCUGCUUCAAGGUGUACGAGGAGCUGGGAACCGGCUUCAUCACCAAGCGCGCCAUGUUUGAGCUGCUGAAGCGCUGCAUCGUCGCCCCGCCAAUCGGAGAGGAGCUGGACGACACCGUCGAGUUUGGUGUGUUCGCAGGACAUGGUGCUGCUGGUGAUGAACAAGAUGGACCUGGACCGCGACGGCAAGAUCUCGUUCGAGGACUUCCACGAGUCUGUGACGCAGGACCCGCUGAUGAUGCAGUGUCUGGGGCGCUGCCUACCCACACAGCGCGCCGCCUGCAAGUUCCUCAUCACGCUGAGCCCCAAGAUCUGCCGAUACUAGACGCGCGCUGCGGCGUCUGCUUGGCACACUGUCUUCAGCAGAUUCUACCGCAUGAUUCCGGCCAUAAACAUAAUUGAAAUUUAUUGGCUCGCUCAUUUAUACACUACCGGCCAUUAAAAUUGCUACACCACGAACAUGACGUGCAACAGAC